CGCAAUGAAUCCUUUAACUAAGGUGAAGCUGAUUAAUGAGCUAAAUGCCCGUGAAGCAAGUUUGGGUGUCAAAGAUUCUGUAUCCUGGCACCAAGACUACAAAGACAGUGCAUGGUUAUUUAUAGGAGGUCUUCCCUAUGAGUUAUCAGAAGGAGACAUUAUAUGUGUGUUCUCACAGUAUGGUGAGGUGGUAAAUAUUAAUCUGGUCCGUGAUAAAUCUUCAGGCCGUUCCCGUGGCUUUUGCUUCUUGUGUUUUGAGGAUCAGAGAAGCACUGUACUGGCCGUGGAUAAUCUUAAUGGCAUCAAGGUAAAGGGGCGCACAAUCCGUGUAGAUCAUGUUGCCAAUUAUCGUCCUCCCAAGGAUGCAGAAGACAUUGAUGAAAUUACACAAUCUCUUAGAGAAAAGGGAUGUGGGGCACGAACGCCAUCCCCAGUGUCAUCCUCACAGGACGAAGACGAAGAGCCACCAAGGAAAAAGAAAGAUAAGAAGAAAAAAAAAGACAAAAGCAGGAGGAAAGAGGAAGAGGGUGGCAACAGCAGGCAUAACAAACAAGAACGUUUGGAUUCCCCUUAUGACAGAUCCAGGACAAUUGAGAAGUUUUCCAGGGUGGGAAGUGAGAGCUCAAGGGCCAUGGAAGAAAACCGUGGCUCUCACAAAAAGAGUAACAGCAAAGGUGAUUCCCAUGAUAAGUACAAAGAACAGCACAAGGAAAAAGAGGAACGCAAAGAGCGAGAACAACAAAUGCCAAGAGAUAAGUACAGAGAGCAGCAAGAGCAAAGAUCAAAAGACAAGACAGAAAGAGGCAGAAGGUAGCAGAAGAGUAUGCUUUAUGGGGACAAUAAGAGGUGGAACGUCUGUGCAGUGUUUAAGCCCAAGUUGUUAUUAAAUACAUACUAAGGACCCUUGGUGUACAGUGUAUGGAAUGAUGCAUGGGAGAAGGAUUUUAAGAAGUAAAAGGCAAUUGUGAUGUACUGGCCACUUUGAAAUGGCAGGAGCUGAACCUUGCUAUAAUUGUUUGUCUGUCAAAAAACUAAAUUAGAAAUACAACUGCUGAGCAGUGAUAAAAAAUAUUUGAAAAACUGGUAGACAAAGUAAAGUGACAUCAGUUCAUGAGGUAUUAAAAUAGAGUAAUCUGGCGUAAUAUAGUAGAGCUUUACCUGCAGAAUGAGAUUUUCCAUCUUUAAAAUCACCAAGAUCAAAUGUAUUUUUUUUACUUUUUAACAAUACAAGUUUUAUUGAACAGAUUAUAAUAGAUUUAGUUCACAAGCAGAAUUAAAAUAUAGUAUAGCUGGUACAUCAAGGCAUAUGCAAAUAGUACACACAUUUUACAAAACUGGAGCAAUGGCCUGUUGUGACUGCACAAAUAGCAGUGUGUAUCAUUUAGGGCAUUACAUACAGUCAUUGUAUAUGAAGAGGAAAGAAAAAACAGUAUAAUAAGGGUUACAUUAUAUGCACCCAUGCUGCCAGAGGGGGUGAUCACUAUUGUAGCCUUUAGAAGUGAAUCAGCACUGGAAUGACAAGUUAUUGGCAUCAGUGUAAAGCAGUGCCCUGCAGAAGCAUUAACUUAAAUCAUGUUAAUUUCAGUGUACACCUAAGGGGUCGUACAGUAUUCCAAAUUUGUCGGGCAUCCCAGCAUAAAUAACUUUGUGCAGCGCAAACACCAUAUUGAUGUGCUUUUUUCCAAUGGGCUUUCUGCUUUUCAGUGUAUUACAAUGAUGAGUAUUGCUACUAGUUUUCUCACGGCUCCUGGUAGGGGCUAGUGGAUCUGGCUGUAUCAGCACAUUAUUUAUGACCAUCUAACUGGUAUUAUCAAACUUCCGAACCUUUGUAUCCUGUGACAGGACCAAAUGACAUUUUAGGGCAUUUACCAGAGAUACAUUCUUUGUAGACAUUUACAUUCUUAUUUGUCUUUAGCUCUGACCAGAUAUUAAUAUUGGGAGUCUACAAUAUCAGGGCAACCUAAACUUAAUGCAUUUAAUAUUAUUUGGUCCACAGAUGGAGUUCUGGAACAGAAAAAAUUCAGAGCAUUAUGCCAGACCUACACUACUUCUUGUAUUAGUGGGGUUGGUUUGGAACCUCUGUAUAGAAGGUUUUUAAGCUCUUCAUAUGUACCUAUAAUACAGACUCCUAGGGGGUGAUUUAUCACUUUGAGUUUUUUUCACCCCUUUGAGGGGGAAGCCCACCACCAGGCUACUGGCCACUGGAUAAUAUAAAAAGCUAUUGGAUGCCACUAACCCACCACUCUCUUGUCAAAUGUAUGUUUAUUAGAUUUAUUUGGUGGUCAUAAUGUUUUUGUUUUUUUUUUGACAAAUAAAGCAAGAUUUGUGUAUUCA